GUGCGGAGGAGCCUAGAGGAACGAGCAAGCACACAAAUAUACAGAGGAGAGUUGCGCCCCGGCCGAGGAUGCAGCAGCAGGUUGUCAUGGCGACGGCUAUGGUGCUGGUUGUCAUGGCGACGGGGACAGCCCUAGUGGGGGCGGAGUGCGGCCUGAUCCAGUGCCGCCCGGUGAACGUCAGCAUGGAGGUUGAGAGCUGUGGCAUCAGGGAGGAGGUGCUCACCACGAUCUGCGCCGGGAACUGCUACCACCAGGACCCGGUGUACAUGGACUACCUCAACAGUCCGGAGCAGAGGGUGUGUGUGGGUGACUGGCACUACGACAAGCACCUGAUCCAGAACUGCCCCGUGCCCGUCACCUUCCCCCGGGCACACAGCUGCUCCUGUGGGCCCUGUGCCACCCAGUACGUGGACUGUGAGCACUUCAGCCAUGACCUGCCCUCCUGCCUGCACUAAUCACAAUAAAUAAGCGUGAUCAACUGCUCACCCUGUCUCUGCUGUGUACGGAAUUAUGAUUUAUUCAUUCUCAAACAGGU